GUGCGUGCGUAGAAGUGGUAAUGGAGGAUGGUGAUCUACACACAGGGGGCUUAGUUAGCAAGCUGUCUUUCUCUUUUGCUCACAGUUGCCGUUUCAAGUGAGUAAUAGGUGGAUAUAUCGCAAGGGAACAAAGCCCGAAUCAACAGAGAGUAGGUGGAGCUGCCAUUGAGUUUUGGGAUGGCGUCCGAUGCGGUUUCCCAAAACCAUGGGUCUAAGGGGAUCAUGACUUUUUAUCCCACUGCUGAGGAAUUCAAGAACUUCACCCGCUACAUCGCAUAUAUAGAGUCACAGGGUGCACAUAAAGCAGGCCUCGCUAAGAUUGUACCACCAAAGGAAUGGAAGCCAAGAAGCUCUUAUGAUGAUAUAGACGAUUUGAUGAUACCUGCGCCCAUUCAGCAGGUGGUCACAGGCCAGUCAGGCCUUUUUCAGCAGUACAACAUUCAGAGGAAGUCCAUGACUCUCAGAGAGUUUAGAAAGAUUGCAAACAGUGACAAGUUCUGUAGUCCACAUUAUGACGACUUUGAGGAGCUGGAAAGAAAGUACUGGAAGAAUGUGACAUUUAAUCCACCCAUAUAUGGAGCUGAUGUAAAUGGCAGUCUUUAUGACCCCGAAGUCAAAGAGUGGAACAUUUGCCAUCUGAACACCAUUUUGGAUACCGUUGAAUGUGAAAGUGGCAUCACUAUUGAGGGUGUAAAUACACCCUACUUGUAUUUUGGCAUGUGGAAGACCACCUUUGCAUGGCACACUGAGGACAUGGACCUCUACAGUAUCAACUAUUUGCACUUUGGAGAGCCCAAAUCAUGGUACUGUGUUCCUCCAGAGCAUGGGAAAAGAUUGGAACGUUUGGCUCAAGGCUUCUUUCCUGGCAGUUCCCAAAAUUGUGAGGCCUUCUUGAGGCACAAGAUGACGCUCAUCUCUCCUUCUAUACUGAAGAAGUAUAGCAUUCCAUUCGAUAAGAUUACCCAGGAGGCUGGGGAGUUCAUGGUCACCUUCCCCUAUGCAUAUCAUGCUGGUUUCAACCACGGCUUCAACUGUGCAGAAUCCACAAAUUUUGCCACAGAGAGAUGGAUUGAGUAUGGCAAGCAUGCAGUUUUGUGCUCAUGCCGUAAAGACAUGGUCAAGAUAUCCAUGGAUGUAUUUGUGAAGAAAUUUCAGCCGGAUCGCUAUGAACAGUGGCUGGCAGGGCGAGAUGUGGCACCCAUUGAUCACUCAAGGCCCACCCCAGAGGCCAAAGAGUUCCUUGGAGAGUCCUUCAAUGACAUCACCAGCAACAGUAACUCGAUGGAAAGCUGUGGGGAGGACAGAGAGAGGAAGAGCCCUACACAGAGGAUAGAGACCAAAAGACACAGAGUGUGUCUCGAUCUGCCUGACGAGGUCGUUCCCAAAGAUGAAGAUAAUGAGGAUGUGGAGCAGUACGGGAAGCGCCCCAGGCUUAGUCUUAUUCCUCCGCGCACUGUGUCCCAAGAUGGAAAGAGAAAUAAAGGCCCGCCAAAGUUGGUCGUCACACCAACCAAGCUCACUUUAUUAGAUCCGUUCCACAGGAGCUUGAACGGAGAUGUAGGCCGACCCCCUCAUUAUACCAAAACCCGUGCGCCUGCAAUCUCCUCUGUGUCCCAGCCCAGAAACGGACAUCUAUCAGUUUCGGUUGCACCUUCAUGGACAGAGGCCAACACUGCUCCGACCCGCAAAAUGGGAGUAGCUAGCCUUCUCUUCCACAGGACUCUGAGUCCAAAAGACACUCUUCAAGUGCACAGCUACACUUUAGAGAAGCAGCAGCGGCAGCCGCACACACAGCUUCAGGUGCACAGCUACGCCAGAGAGCACCAACCACGUCAUCUACAGCCCAAAUCCUGUGCACCAUCACACACACAGGUUCAGUCUUCAUCGGAGGCCCCCAGCUGUGAGAGGGCAGCGCUUCAGUCAGAAACGCAAAUCUCUCUUCCCAAAGCAGCACUGGCUGGAUCAAAUGCACAGGGUCUUGUGGAGCAGGACCCAAAGGAGGAAACACUUAAAAUAACAACACCUGUUUUGGUGAAGGUUAUGGAGGAGGAACCUGAAGUUGAGCCCACUAGCACAAGUGCUUCCUCUCAGUCCCCAACACAGCAAAGAGAGACAAGCAAGACGGAGAAUGAGCCCCCCAAGAACAACAAGCGAAAGAGUUCCCUUUGCCCCCUUGAGGAUAGUGGCAUUGUCAUCGUGAAAGACACCAUUCCUUUAAGGAAACCAAAUCAUGAUGAGAUGAAGGUGAUCGCUCACAAUCAUCACCAGAUGUCAGAAGAACAAUCAUACUGCAAGUCCGUAGUGAAGAAGCACCAGCAGCAAGCACAGCUGCCAAAGCUGCCCCGUCAUCACCCUCUGAUCAGGGAGCUGCACAGCGACGAAGAUUGGUAUGGCGAUGUGGAGGAGGAGCAAGAAGAGAAAGAGGAGUGGGCAAAGGCUCUAACCCAGCUGUGGCAGUGUCGACCUUAUAACCCUCAGGCAGAGCGAGAGUAUAACAAGAGAAUGGGUCAGCAGGCUCCGUACUGUGCCAUCUGCCUGCUGUUCCACACCUACCAUCAGUCCGACUCGAGCAGUGCGAGCUCAUGUGUGACGCUGGUGAACCGUCCAGGUGGCCGCCAGUGGUCCAAGCCACUCAUCCCUGAAAUGUGUUUCAACACCCAAACCAGCAAGAUGAACGACAGCGCGGAGGGACAGCUGUCAAACCCUCAUGUAGUGGAGGACGGGACCAGCCGGCUGGUCAGCUGUGCGCAGUGCUGCGUUCGCGUACAUACCAGUUGUUAUGGUGUGUCUGGCCACGGAGCCGAGCUCGAUGACUGGCUGUGCGCCCGCUGCGAGGCAGAUGCCGUCACUGAGGACUGCUGUCUGUGUUCGCUGAGAGGCGGAGCUCUGCAGAGAGCCAACGAUGACAAGUGGGUUCAUGUGCUGUGUGCCAUCACUGUGCUGGAAGCUCGCUUUGUCAACAUCACUGAGCGGUGCCCUGUCGACCUCUCCGCCAUCCCACUGCCCCGCUUCAGACUGAAGUGUGCGUACUGCAGGAAACGGAUGAAGAGAGACGUGAAAGGCUGCUGUGUCCAGUGCUCCAAUGGACGCUGCUCCACCGCGUUUCACCCCACCUGUGCUCAGGCAGCUGGUGUCCUCAUGCACCCAGACGACUGGCCGUUCAUAGUCUAUAUCACUUGCCACAGACACCGGACACCCGUCAUACCUGAGCGUAACAAGGCCUCCAUGCGAGAGCUGAGCGGGCAGAGGGUGAUCUGCAAGCACAAAAAUGGCCGUUACUACCACAGCGAGUUGAUGGAGCUGACCGCAGCCACCUUCUACGAGGUUGUGUUCGACGACGGGUCCUACAGCGACAACCUCUUCCCAGAGGACAUCGAGAACCGUGACUGCGUCCGGCUCGGCCCACCUGCUGAAGGCGAUGCUGUUCAAGUGCGAUGGACGGACGGGUUGAUAUAUGGAGCCAAGUUUGUGGCAUCACACUCCAUCCCUAUGUACCUGGUGGAGUUUGAGGACGGUUCACAAAUCUCUGUGAAACGAGAAGACCUCUACACUCCUGAUGAGGAUCUGCCCAAACGUGUCAAGUCACGCAUGUCUGUGGCGUCCGACAUGCGGUUUGAGCUCUUCACAAAGAACGAAGUCAAAGAGACCUCCAAGAGGCAACGAGUGAUCAACUCCCGCUACAGAGAGGACUACAUUGAACCGGUCAUUUACAGAGCCAUCAUGGAGUGACGUCCAUUCCUCUCUCCUUCCUCCUCCUCUCUUUCUCACCACAAAGAGGUGCAGCACCACGUCUUCUCUUCUUGGUCCGGCUUCUCUGUUUCUGGCUACUGCUGAUAGGAAUGACCAACACUCCCCAUCCCCCUCCCCCUCCCCCUCUCCCUCCUCCUCUACUCCUCCCCCCUCCUCCUCCUCCUCCUCCACGACCUGUCAGGCUUCAUCUUUAUAAACUACGGCUGGGACUUUCAGAGACUUUUGUGUGCAUUGAAUUAUAAUAUUUUUAGACAUCCAUUUCUCAUGUAUAUUUCUUUGGUUUAUGUUUUCUUCCACCAUUGCAUUUUUUUCAUUAUUUUUCAGGAAGAAGCCAUCAAUGAAUUAUUUAAUAUGAAAAGGUUGGGCUGUCUUACUGCAGCAGAUUUAUUUUCUCUACUAUCAUCAUAUAGCAGCUGUCAACACAUCACACUCAGCACAGUGAUUCUACUUUCUUCUUAAAAGUAAAUUAU